UCCCUAGUAUUACAAUCACAAAUAGUCUCCGGCAUUCUACGGGCCCUAUUAGAGAUUAAAAGUUUAAUGCGAAGAAGGGGUUCAGAAGCGAGAAUAGUAACGCCAAAACGCUGUAUAUGACACACAAAACGUCAUCCCAGUACUUUUGAUUGAUUGACAAUCUACUAUGAAGUUUACAGACCUGAACAGUGAACCUGAAGCCAUGCCAAUGCUUCCUACAGGGAAAAUAAUCACAUCAGCCGGUUCUACAACUUUCUUAAUGCACAAAGCUGCAAAAGAAGGAUGUUUAGAUGUUUUACAACGAUGUAUCGAUGAAAACAAGAUGGCUGCUUGUAUGAUGGAUGAUAAAGAUUUUUCUCCUCUUCACUACGCUGCCCAAUACAACCAAACGAGCGUUCUAACCGCUUUAAUAAAAGCUGGUGUUGAUGUGAAUAUCAGAGGAGACGGGGACAUAACUGCGCUACACAUCGCUGCAAGGUAUGAUUCCUUAGAAGCGACCGAGUUUCUCCUUUCCAACGGCGCCAACACCUCGAUAAGAUGUGCCGUCACCGGCUCCACGCCUCUACUUGUUGCAGUCAGAAUGGAAAACCCACGAAUCGUUACAAGUCUUCUAUCAAAAAAUCGCGGUCUCGUUGACGACCACGACCUUCAAGGAAUGACAGCCUUACAUUUGGCUUGUAUGAGAGGGUCGAUUGAGAUCUGCAAGAUUCUUUUUCAGUAUGGUGCGCAUACUAGCUUAUCUAAGCGCAACGAAGAUGGUAGUACGCCUAUCGUGUUUGCUGCAGGGAGUAAUGACGAGGGGAUCCUAUCUUUAUUAAUAGAUGAAGCUAAAAAGCACAAUGCAAAUAUGAAAGAACUAAUCAACGGUAGCGAAGAAGACUCCACUACCCCCUUGCUAGCUGCAAUAAAUGCUGGGAACGAAAAGAAUGUUCGUCUGUUGACAGAGAACGCAGCGUCCGUGAACACUCCAGGGAGAAAGCAGUGCACUCCUUUGCAUGUGGCAGCCAUGAAUGGAAAUGUCGACAUUGUUAAAAUCCUACUCCAGAAAGGAGCGAACGUUGACGCCCAAGAUGCACAGGGGAAGGCGCCACUUCACAGAGCCGCAUCUCUUGGUUGGUUAGAAGUCAUAAGGGUACUUACACACAACAAAGCCACACUCGAGCUCAAAGAUGAAGAUGGCAUGACCCCAUUACUUUGCGCUAUCUUGUCUGGACAGGUUUUUGCUGUUAAACUGCUGGUUUCAUUAGGAGCAGAUGUAAUGGCUCGCGAUAAUGACCGCCGAACGAGUCUUCAUAUUGCUACCAUCAAUGAGCAUUUCUUAAUCAUGCAUGUUUUGCUGAAAGGAGAGAAGGAUCUUCAGAACAUACCUGACCAGUUGGAAAGAAUUCCGCUGCAUUAUGCUGCGAGCGGCGAGGACACUAGGAUCCCGACCACACUCAUCGAACAUGGAAGUAACUGUCACUUUAAGGACAGAGGCCAAGCCACUCCUCUUCACGUCGCCGCAGAAAAAGGGACCCUAGAACAUGUUGAGCUGAUUCUCAAAGCAGCACCUUGUUCUAUCCAUGAAAGAGAUCUUCAUGGGAAUACCGCUCUACAUCUUGCAGCACUGAACAGGAAAAGGGAAACAUGUAAGAUCUUAUUGAGGUACGGCGCAGAUGUCGAUUCCCUCGAUUUCCAACUUCAGACUCCACUGUUUCGUGCUUCACAGUCCGGAAGCCUUCCUAUCAUUGAACUGCUACUGGAGCAUCACGCCAACCCUAAUCACAAAGACAUUGUUGGUAAUACGGCGUUACACAUUGCUGCUGAGUACGGUAACCCAACCAUCGCCAAGGCCUUCCUUGAUAAAGGUGUUGAGUGCUCACUGAAUAAUCAAGGUUCCAGUUGUCUCGAUACUGCAAUUGCAUCAAGAGCUAGUGAGGUCAUUAACACUAUAGUGAAGCAUCAGCGGUGGGAAGAGUUAAUACAUGUGGACCGUGGUGGCUGUGCUAUCAUGGCAAAACUCAUUAGUGAUUUCCCCGAAGGUGCUUCAUUGGUCAUGGACAAAUGCAUCCGGCGAUCAAACCACAAACCAUCUGAUCCUGAUUUCUCAAUCACUUUUGACUUUCAACUUCUGGACCCCGGCCCGGAUAGACAGAUUAAUCCUGACGUGCCAACUGACAAGGCUUUCCCCCAAGUGCUUGUAAGGAAAGAGUCGGAUGGAAAGCGCUUUUUUGGGUUACUAGAGAUGGUAAAUCACAAGCGACAAGAACUUCUGGUGCAUCCUCUGGCUUCUCGUCUGCGGCGAGUAAAAUGGAAGAGUUUUGGUGCUCUAGUCUAUUGCUUUAACUUCAUAAUGUACGCUCUAUUUGCCAUGCUUUUGACCUUGUUUAUGUUGAACGUAAGAGGCGGUCUUCAACUGGCACGCGGACGUAAAAAUUUGGAAGGUGGUUGCUCGGCAGUAACAACGAACCAGCAAAUAGUCGCCAGCUUUGCCUUCGUAAUAAGUGUACUCCAUUUCUGCAAAGAGAUAUUCCAAAUGUACAUCCAAAGGCUUCGUUAUUUCACGGAUGGUCAGAACUUGUUUGAAAUCUGCAUGUAUGUAUUCGGCCUUGUUUUCCUGGUGCCUUACACCUUUCCCGGGUCCACUGGACUGUGCACAGGUCGACAAGGAGUGAUCUGGAGGUUUGGAACAGUGACUAUAUUUAUGGCAUACUUCAACUUGAUUCUCCUCACACGUAACUUGUCAUUUAUCGGGCUAUAUGUCACCAUGUUUAUUGAGGUGUUCAAGACCCUAAUGAAGGUCAUGGUCAUGGGCAUGCUAUUUCUUCUUGCUUUUGCCUUGGUUUUCUACAUCCUGUUCAAAGAGCAAGAUGCCUUUGAUGGAUUUGGGGAAGCUUUGGUGAAGGUGAUGGCCAUGACGAUAGGAGAAUUAGAUUACAAUACAUUGUUGGUUGAUGCUGAGAAUCAGAACAAUACGGUUACUGGUGCUCCACUUGUUCCAUAUCCCGAGCUCUCCUAUAUCUUCGUAUUCUUCUUCAUAAUGACAAUGCCGAUAGUUCUUAUGAACUUACUGGUCGGCUUAGCUGUUGGUGAUAUCGAGGCGAUUCAAAACAAGGCGUUUCUAACGCGCAUUGGUCGACAUGUCGAGUUCUUGACCGACAUUGAAAAGCAAUAUCCAAAGAUGCUUCUUCGUUGGCUUUAUACACCAACACUUGUCAUUUUUCCAAGAAGGACACAUAAAUCAUUUUGGAAGCUGUAUGUAGGUAAGUCCCUUGAGCGUUUUAUUGAAGACGACGUUGACAAGCAAUACGAUACAGAUCCAAUCGAAGAAAAAUUCAACGAUCUGAAAGAUGAAAUGAGCUUGAUGAGGGAUCGCAUGAAAAUAAUGAUGCAGAGUAUAGAACAUCAAAAUCAGAUGUUAAGAUCCACUGUAGUGACAAGCCGAUCUAGUAUUGCUGAAGAUAAAGAAGCGACAACUUUCGUAACUCGGGAAGUUAGGAGUGUGGCUAUGGAGGAAAAUCUGAGUACUGAAAGUAUUAGUCUUGUUGCAGUAUCUCCACGCCAAGCCUACGAACUGAGGAACGUCGACCCCGGUAUCCCGUCUCGACUCCAAAAUGAAGAGAAAAAAGACAAUACACCGAGAUGUAUUCUCAUGGCAGCUUUACAUCACCACAAAGAUGAAUUAAAUCGUAUUAGAAAUUCUGAAGAAGGAGCCAUUGAUAUGAAGGAUGAGUGUGGAUGUAGUGCUCUACAUUAUGCUGCCAGACACAACGAUGCUCACGUUAUUUCGACGUUGCUGGAUGCAGGAGCCGAUAUUAAUUUGAAAGGGCCAGCUGGACAAACUGCUUUACACAUUUCAGCGAGAUUCAACUGCGUCGAAUCUACCAAAGUACUACUCGACAACAACGCAGAUACUACAAUUCCAUGUGAUAUCAACUCAGUCCCCCUCCACGCCGCCUCACGGUAUGGUUACCAGGAAAUAGUCAAACUUCUUCUGCAGAGUGACCCGUCUGUUGUGAACUGCAAGAGUACGGGAUGUGUGACACCUCUGCUACUCGCCAGUUUGAAUCGAGAAAAAACAGUUUGUGAAUUGCUGACUGAGCACAAGGCGGAUAUUACUGUCGUUAAUGUGGAAAAUAAGACACCGUUGCAUGUUGCAGCGGCGCAUGGCAACAUCGAGGUUGUAAAGUUUCUAAUCGAUAAAGCUUCAAAACAAGUCCCUGACAUCAAAGACUUCAUCGACAAAACCGACUAUGAAGGAAACACCGCUCUUAUUUUAGCUUCCUAUGGUGGCCACGACGAAGUAGUUAAAGAACUUCUCCAAAAUGGCGCCGAUCCCCUCAUCCAGAAAACGAGUUCUAAAAUCACGGCUCUUCACGUUGCAGCGAUUGGUGGUAAUACUGCUGUUAUGGAGUACCUGUUGUCUUACGGUGCAAAGAUUGAAGCGCUUGAUAGUUCAUACAUGACUCCUUUGCAUGGGGCAGCUGCAAGUAACCAGGCUUCUGCCCUCAAGUUCUUACUGGACAAAGGUGCCAAGGUUGAUGCUUUGAAUAUUUCUGGUUUGACUGCCUUUUUAUUUUCCGUUAAACAAGGCAACAAACAAGCCGCCGCUGCUCUUCUCGAAGGAGGAGCAAAUAUCAAAGCAACAGAUAUGCGGUUGAGAACAUGUUUUCAUUAUGCUAUCAAGUUCAAUGCCUUGAAUGUUCUUGAGAUGUUGAUUGAGAAAGAUGAUGGUACAUUGCUCGAAAUGAAGGACGGUGGCCUUCAAACACCACUUCAUUAUGCGGCCGCCUCCGGAAACAUGAAGAUAAUAAGCUUGUUGCUUAGAAACGGUUCCUAUUUACGAGCACGUGACGCCGAUGAAGCAACGCCCCUUCACAUCGCAGCUUCAUUUGGCUGCGUAGAAGCUACGGAUCUGUUGGCUCGCAUGUCGCCUAAAUCCAUCAAUGAAAGAGAUAUACGUGGAAGGACGCCGCUACAUUGUGCUGUCCAAGGAGGCUUUAGGAAAACUUGUGCAGUUCUCCUAGACUUGUGCGCCAUGCCAACUAUACGAGAUCUUAAUAGACGUACCCCACUACAUGUGGCCGCUGAAUCACGAAAGUUAAACUGCGUCAAAGCUCUCUUGGCCAAUCCAGACACUCGCAUCUUAGAGUUGCUCGAUAUCGACGAGAAUUCAGCACUUCAUCUGGCUUGCAGGAAGGGUGCGGUUGAUAUUAUGAAGGAGCUUCUUGAUGCGAAUGCUGAUGUGACAGUUAGGAACAAAGAAGGCAAGACCUGCCUUGAUGUGGCUGUUGAUUGGGAGUUGGAGGAUGUUGCAGCUGCCCUUGUUCAACAUCCAAGAUGGAUGGAGAUGCUAAGAAUCCAAGGUCCUGACGGUCAUCGACCAAUGAAAAGACUAAUCGAGUUCCUACCAAGUGUCGCUGAAAUAGCCCUGAACCAGUGUUUAGAAGUGUCUGACUUCCCUUCCACUCACCCUCAACAUUCCAUCAAGUUCGACCUCGUUCUUCUUGAUCCAGGCCCAGAUGAUGAGCUGAGUCUCCGCGGAGAGCCAUUUGAUGGCCCUGCGACUAUGGUCAGAUAUAAUCGCGAAGAACUACUUAACCACCCUGUUACCCAGGCUCUCCUCCGCUACAAAUGGUUCGCCUUCGGGAAAGUCUUGUACUAUUUGAACUUUGCGGUUUACCUUCUCUUUACAAUCCUGUUUUCGUAUUUCAUUAUUGAAGAACGAGGAAGGUUGUCGUUGUUCUCUCCUUCGACCGUCAACGCUUCUUCUGCAGAGAAAGACCAUCUCGACGUUUAUCCAUCCAGCUCUACAAUGUCACUUGCAAUUGUAAUAGCAUUUUUUCUUUGCGUACAGCUUCUCAAAGAGUUUUACCAAUUGGUAAUGCUCAGAUUGUCCUACCUAAGGGAAUCCAGCAAUCUCAUCGAAGUGUUUCUCUACACUACGACGCUAAUUUACAUCGCACCAUACUUAGCAUCCAAACCUAUGUACUACUCACCCGCGGUACAGUGGAACGCAGGAGUUGUAGCACUGUUCUUGUGUUACACGGAUUUAUUGCUGUAUAUUCGGCGUAUUGGUAAUUCAGGCAUCUAUGUUUCUAUGUACUUCGAGGUUUUGAUCACUUUCUUAAACGUCUUGGUUGUGUUAAUCGUGGUCAUUUUUGGGUCUGCUGUCAUAUUCUAUGUUCUGAUGAAAGAGCAGGAUAAUUUCAGUUCAGUACCACUGUCAUUCGUCAGGACAAGCGUGAUGAUGAUAGGAGAGUUAGAUUAUACUGACAUGUUGUCAGAUAACGUGGUAAACAAGAGAACCAACCCCAAUACUGGCGCACCCUACGUACCUCUGCCUGACAUUACUUACACUCUUUUCUACUUGUUUAUGUUGAUCGUUCCCGUUCUCUUGAUGAAUUUAUUGGUCGGUCUUGCUGUGGGAGAUAUCGACGCAAUUCAAAAGACUGCGUCAUUUUCGCGCCUAAAAGAUCAAGCAAAAUUUGUAGAAGACACUCAAAAAAGAUAUCCUCGAAAACUCAGGAGAAUGCUUUAUAGAGACGAGCUGGUUAUUUAUCCAAAUAGCAACAGAUUCUUCAAGAGUAUGCUUCUAGCGGGAACUAGUAUCAUUGAUACUGAAUAUAUUGAAAAGUUAUGCAAACUGAAAUCAACUGAUGGCGGUGAUGACGCUAAGGGAAACCAGGAGGCACUUCGAUACGAAAGACAGAAAACAAAGCUGCGUGUACUAGAAGAAAAAGUAGACCAACAAAACAAACUGUUGAUGGCAAUAGGACAAAAAUUAGGAAUUAAUGAUAUGGAAUCAUAGUUGUGACUGGGAACCCUGUGUUAAACACAGAAAGCCCAACACAAAAUUAAGGAAAAGAAUUUUUGAUGGUAAGCUCAGCAUUUAAAUUUUAGCUGUGAAUAGUAGCCCUUCUGUAAAACACAGAAAACCCAGUUUUGGAAAAAAAACAACUCAUAGAAUAGGAAAUGUAUAAUGUCCAAACAAAUUUUCAUUGAAUAUUGCAACAGGAUGCAAAUUAAAAAUUAUCUUUGCAAGUUUCUAAAUUCUAAAUAGCUUUAUUUUAUUUUUGU